AUGCUCCGCUCCACACGCCACAUCACUCGCCACGCAGCGCGAGCGCUCGUUACAAUUCGCUACCCAGGAGCUGCCACUGCCCCGUAUACUUCCAGCCUCAACCUGGAGCAUGCAGAGGCGGUCCCUCCCAUGAGCUGCUUCCGAAUCAUGAAUGAGCGCGGAAAGCUGCUCCCGGGCGCUGUCGACUACGGCGCAGAGGUAGUCGGCAAGGAAAAGGCUGUCGAUCUCUUCAAAUGCAUGCUUCGUCUCAACGAAAUGGACGUCACACUAUUGCAAGCGCAGAGACAGGGAAGGAUUGCGUUCUACAUGUCGACGUUUGGGGAGGAGGCCGCUGUUAUCGGUUCAGCCGCUGCUCUGAGAGAUGAUGACACCAUCUUUGCGCAGUACCGCGAGCAUGGAGUUUUGUUGUACAGGGGCAUGAACUACGACUUUUUCUGCAACCAGUGCUGCGGAAAUGUGCUUGACUCGGCGAAAGGCCGUCAGAUGCCCAUGCAUUUCGGAUCUAACGAGAAGCAUUUUCAUACUAUCUCCUCGCCGCUGGCAACCCAAAUCCCCCAUGCCGUCGGCGCCGCAUACUCACUCAAGAUGCAGGGUUCCAAACAGGCUGUGGCGGUCUUUUUCGGAGAGGGAGCAGCCAGCGAGGGGGAUUUCGCGGCUGCAAUCAACAUGGCAGCCGUCAUGGAUCUUGGUGUCUUGUUUCUGUGCCGGAAUAAUGGGUAUGCUAUCUCGACGAGAAGCACAGAACAAUACCGCGGCGAUGGCAUUGCAAGACGUGCUGUGGGCUACGGAGUCGCAGCCUUGCGAGUAGACGGCAAUGACAUUUGGGCAACGAUGCGGGCCGUGGAGGAAGCGCGAAAGUUUUCCAAGGAAAACGACAAGCCUGCCUUACUUGAGUUGAUGACGUAUCGCACAUCGCACCACUCGACUUCUGACGACAGUGCGCGAUAUAGAAGUGAAGACGAGAUGAGCAUGUACGCGCAAUCGGCAAGCCCAAUUGACCGCCUCCGCAAAUAUCUCGUUGCUCGUCAAUGGUGGGAUGUGGGCGAGGAGGAGGAGUUUAGAAAUGAGCAGCGGCAGCAAGUCAUCAAUGCGCUGACGAAAGCGGAGACCGCACCCAAGCCUGGGGUCGACACUAUGUUCGACGAUGUUUACGCUUGCAAGCCUGCCCAUCUGGUCGCCCAGGAGAAAGAGGUUACAGAACGUCUGCGGAAGUAGACCACACGACUUACUAGGCUGUAGCAUUGCAAAUAUCUGCGUUUCUGAAGGCCAUUUAACUGCCACGGGUUCCCACCUAUCAACUUUGGGCACGUCCAACCAAUUUCGAAGACCUCAACAGCCGACAUUCUCCAAGCACGCACUCCUACUUCGAGUAGCAUACCACGCACGGUUUACACUGACUCGUUUUUUUUUGUUUUUGUUUGAGCCGCUAUCGCCGAGUUGGGGCUUGAUUUCAGAGUGAGACAAGAAACAUUGCGAUUUGCUCGCGUCUUGAUACUCUUGAGGAAGGUCCGUGAUAUCCUAAAUGGUGCGAGUCUCAAAUUUAAAGCUACGUCUCACUGAACGUCAUAAGACAAAGAAUUUAGCACUUCAUGUAAAAGGCUUUCUAUCUGAAAUGAGGUGGAUCUCGCUCCUGAGGCAACACAUUAGUUAGCAGAUGGUAUUAAAGAGUGACGGUUACAAGAG